GGGUUGCGGCGGCGGCGGCGGCGGCAGGAGCAGCAGCAGCAGCAGCAGCAGCAGCAACAGCGACGGCGGGGCCAGCAGCGGCACCAGCCACCAGCGCCUCCUGUCAUUGUCGCAGCCCGGCUGGCAGCCGCAGCGCCCGGAGCCGGUGCAGCCGCGCUCCUUCCCCUGCUCUCCCGCAGCAGCAGCCGCCGCCGGAGUCCCGGCCGAGCCGUGGCCAUGCUUGGGGCGGCGGGAUGCGCCCCCGUUGCGCGCCGUCUCCUGGCGCUCCUCUGCCUGCUCGCCUCGACCAGCGGCCCCGCAGCGGCGGCCAACACCCAGGUGAUGGGAGCCGCCCUUGGCCCGCCUCUGGGGGACCCCCAAGUGGCCAUGUUCUGUGGGAAACUGGUGUUGCACCUCAACGUACAAACAGGCCGUUGGGAGCCGGACGCCUUCGGUACCCACACUUGCUUCCGCACCACCGAAGAGAUCCGCAGCUAUUGCCAGGAGGUAUACCCUGAGCUGCAGAUCACCAAUGCCGUGGAGGGCACCCAGCCCGUCACAAUUGACAACUGGUGCAAGAAGGGGCGGCCCCGGUGCAAAAACCAUCGGCACAUUGUGGUGCCUUAUAGGUGUCUGGUGGGUGAAUUUGUGAGUGAGGCGCUCCUUGUGCCGGACAAAUGCAAAUUCCUGCAUCAGGAGAAGAUGGACUCCUGUGAGAGCUAUUUGUAUUGGCACAGCGUGGCCAAAGAGGCCUGCAGCGGUGAGGAACUGGAACUUCACAGCUACGGCAUGCUGUUGCCUUGUGGGGCCGACCGCUUCCGAGGGGUCGAGUACGUGUGUUGCCCUUCACGCCCCGCGCCCGUCAGGGUAGAACAAGCCACUGAGGCCCCUCCGAGCCUCGCCCAUCUGAGGGCGGAAGCGCUGUACAGUAACAAGGUUCCAACAGCUCGCAUCCCAACGGAGGAAGAGAGCUUGGAACUGGAGGAAGAUCAGGACCUGGACGAGGAGGAAGAAGAAGUGGAGGAAGAAGAGGAAGAGGAGGAGGAGGAGGAAGAGAGCCCUGUAGACAAUGCCUCGGACACAGACCCCUUCCCCAACGCCUGGGAUGACUACUUCGUGGAACCGGGUUACUACGAUGACAGCAUCACCCAGACGACCAUCACAACCACCACGCAGACCACCGAAGAGGACGUCAAACUGACCCCAACCCCUCGCCCGACCGACGGAGUGGACGUUUAUUUUGAAAUGCCCGGAGACGGGAGCGAGCACGCCAACUUCUUGCGGGCCAAGAUGGAUCUGGAGGAGCGCCGCAUGAGGCAAAUUAACGAGGUGAUGAAAGAGUGGGCCGAGGCUGACAACCAAGCCAAGAAUUUGCCCAAGACGGAUCGGCAGGCACUCAAUGAGCAUUUCCAGUCCAUCCUCCAGACGUUGGAAGAACAGGUAGCCAAGGAGCGACAACGGCUGGUGGAGACUCACCUUGCCCGGGUGGUGGCCCUGCUGAAUGAUAACCGACGUGCGGCACUUGAGAGCUACCUGACAGCUGUACAGAGUGAUUUCCCUCAGCCGGACCGCGUCCUGGCAGCCCUAAAGAGGUACGUGCGAGCAGAGCAGAAAGACCAGCGCCACACCCUCCGCCAUUACCAACAUGUGGCUGCCGCCGAUCCCGAGAAGGCUGAGCAAAUGAAGUUCCAGGUGUAUACCCACCUCCACGUCAUUGAAGAACGGAUGAACCAGAGCUUGGCCUUGCUUUACAAGAAUCCUCAGCUUGUUCAAGAGCUGCGGGGGGACAUUGAGGAGCUGCUGAGGUCAGAAAGGGUGGCAACCAAUGAUCUGCUUACUACCUCCAUCUCGGAGACACGCACCACGGAGGAGUUCCUGCCCAUGGACAGUAGCGAGGACAUGGCCGCCGAGAGUCAUUCGUACCCACGUGAUGGAGAAGAUUCUGAACAAGUUGACAAGAAAGCUUCUGGACAGGCAGAAUACGACUACCCAACGAGCGACAAAGCCUUGCUCUAUGAGUACGAGAGGAAGGUUAAUGUGUCUGCCUUGGACCUCAAAAGGCUGGUGUACAAAUCCCAAGAGAUCCAACGGGACGAGUUGGUAAGUGGCUCUGGAGCCAGCCCGAAACAGCUUCACCUCGCCUUCCCAUCUGGCCAGGAACCAGACACCUUGGUGACCAUCAACAGGGGUGCCUUGAUCGGCCUUCUAGUGGUGGCCGUGGCAGUUGCCAUGGUGAUCAUCGUCAGUCUCCUGAUGGUCCGCCGGAAGCCCUACGGGACCAUCAGCCACGGCAUUGUUGAGGUGGAUCCUAUGGUUAGCCCCGAGGAGCGGCAGCUGAACAAGAUGCAGAACCACGGCUACGAGAAUCCCACCUACAAAUUCUUUGAGGAGAUGAACUGAGUUCCUCGGUGCUACGGGUGGGGGCGGGGAAUGUGGUGUCACUGGGGAAGUGGGUGUUACCAUGGGGGUGGGAGGGGGUGGAAUCUACAGGGGGAGAGGGGUAGGUUCGCCACGCACCGUCCAGUUCUUCCCACCGACCUUUUCUUCCUCUGCCCUGGCUGAGCCUUGCCUUCUCCCCCUUUGCAAGUUCCUUUUGUCCAGUGGGGGGGGAUUCAAAUAAUUCAACAACUGGUUGUUUACAAGGCACCGUUUUAACAACCGGUUCAGCCGAACCGGCCGAAUCCCACCACUGCUUUUGUCCCUCCCUCCAUUUGCCGUAUUCCUCUCUCCACCUCUCUCUCUCUGGGCUUCACGGCUCCCACUGCUAGCCUCCCUUCCCCCCACAUCCUCCAAUUUCACAAUCCCUUCCGCCCCCUCCCCCCCCAGUCCCGGUACUGCUGGUCUCGGGGUACGUUUCGAGGUACGUCGGCUCGUCCGGCUAUCUCCGCAAAGCGCCCGUACCCCUCGUCGAAUCUGCAGCACCCUCAUGCAAAAUUCUGAGGGGCGCACGGAGGACUACACCCUGCUCCCUAACAGCUCGUGUGCGCACACGCCGCCAGCCAGUGCUCAGUUGCUUGGGACUGUCACACGAGCGUUUCCCUAACCUUACACAGGGCGGACUGUAGCUUUGACCCUUGAAGUCCACCGCCUCCACAUCAUGCGCACGGGUAGCGCCGUAUCCCACCAAGCCCCCUACCCAUUCUAUCAGCUGCACUCAUUUGUAACUUUUCUUUUGGUAGCUUGUGCGCAAGAUAAGUGCACCGUGCACACUCAGACCUUUGCUAACCUCACCAGGCUCCCGUGUCAGAACCCACGUCUGCCUACUCUUGCUUGCUCCCCUCCCCUCCUGUCCCCCACCCCCUCCGUCCCCUGGCCUUAUAUUAUGCUUCCUUUUUCAACUCCUCACUAGUUGCACUUAAUUUAUUGGAAAGCCAGCUGUGACGGAGAUCGCAGCAGGUGAGCCCCUCCACGUCCCUUCUUCCAGGGAACUUCCGUCAGCACCUUUCUUGACUAGUUAGGGGAGGGGAGAAGAGAAGGCUCCUGCUCUCCCUCCCCCUCGCUUCCACUCCUUAACAAUGUAAGGGAGGCAGGUAAAAGUUGCUGAAAACAGACAAGAGGGCUGGCCGUUGUCCAUUCUGGCAGUUCGUUGACUUGGCAGUAAGGUCAGCAGAUGUCACAGCAGCGGAGGGUCCGUUAUCAGGCCGAUUUCCCCCUCUGCAAGCGGGGCGUUUUCCUGAUGGCGGAACAUCGCCAAUCGCCACAAGGUGCCGCAGUAUGGCAUUGAUCGUCACCUUCCUAAGAUCUGUAGGAACGAGCCAUCUUGGCACUGUGGAAAAGGGAGGACAGCGUGGUUGUUGGGGCCGGAUUACCUUGUAACAGCAUCCACCCCCACCAGACUUUUAUCCGUCGCUAGAGGCUGGGCGAUGCUCUUGAUUUCUCCGGCUUUUAUAGGGUUGCUUUUGGUGGCUUCUUAAGGAAAUACACUACACUGGUUGACUUACACUAACGGGAUUUAGGGGGUAGAGAAUUUGCAACAAUUGCUAGGGGGCUUAUUUUUGGUUUUGUCCACUCGUUUCCCAAGAUCUAAUCCACCCUGGAGAGCCAGGGGGGUGGGGGCGAACUACCUACCGUGUUUUCCC